GAACCUUUCACAAACAUGGCAGGAAAAAGAGUAACAUCUAGUGGGAGUGCGACUUCCAAAUCGGAAUUGCGCGUGCUGCUGGUUGGGGAAACUGGAUGUGGGAAAAGUGUGGCAGGGAACGCAUUACUUGGAGCGGAUCUUUUUACUGCGGGUGCAGAGGCUAAAGCUCACCCAAAAGAUAAAUGCUUCCGGGGGGAGAGCGAAAAAAUCAAAGGAUGGGACAAAGUCGUAGUUGUGGACACGCCAGGGAAAUUUUUCUAUAUUUCUGAUAAAGACGAAAAAACGAAGAAGGGCGAAAUCACGAAAGUCGCAGGAAUGCUUGCUCCUGGUCCGCACGUGAUAAUCCUGGUUCUGACCAAGGCCAAUAAAGAUAAUGCAGUAAGGAGGAACGAAGAGAAAAUCAUGCAAUUCUAUGAAAGCAUGUUCGGCGAGAAUAUUCGAAAUCAUUUUGUCUUUCUAUUUUCUGGGAUAGAUAAUGAUGCCGACACAAAAGCAACCUUACCCAAAGGCAGCUAUCUGAAUGAGCGAUUGAAAGACACCAUUAAAGGUAAACACAAGAAUUAUCUUGCGUUUAAUGUUGCGGCAGCUAGUAAGGCACAGAAUUCUGAGAAGCUUCUUCGCGUCAUCAAUAAUGUUGUCGAAGGAAAUAAUUGGAAUUACCACACAGCCAAGGUGUUUAAAGAUGUCCAAGUGAAAAAUGAAGGAAGGGAGCAAGAAAUCAAGAAGGAUCAAGAUGUUCGUUAUCGACAAGAUACCGAAAAACUGAAGAAAUGGCACACACAGAAAAUACAGGAUCUAGAGCGGAAAUACGCUACGCUAUUGAAAGAUAUGGAGACGGAUCACAAGAAGAAAACACAUCCAGAAAACCUGAAGACACAAGUUCGGGACGAAUACCAGAACGAAACAGGAAUAUGGGACACUGUAGCGGAUGUGUCAUCAUACCUUUGGCAAACGUUCUCUCCCUACGUUAAAAAAUAUUUCAAGAAAUAA